AUGAAGACUUCGCCUCUGUCCUCUCCUUCGGUGGAUCUCAUAGACGGUGAGAACUUAUGGAAGGAUCAACAGACACGAAGGUUCGUUGAAGAAGAUGACUACAACUGCAAAAAGAUGGUCGGAUCCAGAGGCAUGAAGCUUCUUCAAAGAAGGUCACGGAACAAUUACACUACAGGGGAAGAUAUUAUUGAAGAAGCUGCACACUGCGAACAAGAGGGUCCUCCAGUGCGCAAAGAAAGAAGGACUUGGACACCAACAGAUGAUGUGGUGCUGAUCAGCUCGUGGUUAAACACGAGCAAAGAUCCGGUUGUUGGGAAUGAGCAAAAGUCUGUUGCCUUCUGGAAAAGAAUUGCAACGUACUUCAAUGCUAGUCCGAAGCUGGCUGGGUGUGAAAAAAGAGAGGCUACUCACUGUAAGCAGAGGUGGCACAAGAUGAAUGACUUAGUGUGUAAGUUUUGUGGUGCUUAUGAGGCAGCAACGAGACAGAAGAGUAGUGGGCAAAGUGAGAAUUAUGUUCUCAAACUUGCCCACGAAAUCUUCUUUAAUAACGACAAAAAGAAGUUCACCCUUGAACAUGCUUGGAAGGAGCUUAGAAAUGACCAGAAGUGGUGUGAUCUCUCAACAGCUAGACAUGAUGGAAGCUCCAAAAAGAGGAAGUGUGAGGAAGGUUCACAGUCUGCAAGCUCUAAAGGAAAUGAAACUGACAGUGCUCUAGAUGAUGAAGGCACCACUCGCCCUCCGGGUGUUAAGGCUGCAAAAUGUCGUGGUAAAAAGCCCGUGGAGCUGUCUGAUUUUAAGACUGUGUGGAGCAUUAAGAAGCAAAACUUGGAUAUGAAGGAGAGGCUGUCGAAGAUUAAGCUCCUUGACAGUCUCAUUGGAAAGCAAGGACCCUUAGCAGAUUAUGAAGAAGCUCUGAAGAAGAAGCUCGUUGAUGAGCUGAUGUCUAAUUAG